AUGCAAGGCUUGGUCACCUUGGCCGGCUCUGCAAACCAGCUGCCGGAGCGGCUGGCGCACUGUGCCUUUGACACCUCAGGACAAGACUGGGUACCUCGUGGCCAGAUCGGUAAGGUGCCCGAAAAGCGGCGGCCAUACCUCCUUCAUGGCUACACGCACAAGGCGGAGAAGUCGAAGACCGGCGCUGCCGCUUGCAAGCGCUGCGGUGACAAGAUCCCGAAGCACGCGUUGAGGAUUGGUUACCCAGUCAAGGACCAGCGAGGUGAGUAUGGUGCCCUUGUGAAUUGGUUCCAUCUGGCAUGCGCUCGGCACGACAACUUUGCUGUGGGCUAUGCCAAGAUGGGGGAUGACGCGAUGUCGAAGAAAAUUUUGGGCUAUGCAGACAUGCCGGCGGACCUGCUGCUUGUGAACCGGCCCUCGUCACCCAAGGGAGAAGACAAGCAGAGGGGUGGUUGGCCUGGAGUUGCCACAGAGAACCAAGGCCAGUUGCCGCAGCACCCGGCCCCGAAAGCGCUCACGCGCUCGAUGCUGGCCUUUCAGGCCGAAGGCUUGGGCUGGAUGUUGGAGCGAGAGGCCGACGAAGCCACUCGCGGCGGGAUCCUGGCAGAUGACUCUAGAUGCAACUUCUGCAAGUGGCAGGGAGCAUACACGACAUCGCGAGCCGAGGAGAUGGGUAUGGGAAAGACACUCCAGACCAUCUCGCUGAUACUUGCAGGUGAGAUCAAAGGCGCCACGCUGGUCGUAUGCCCUGCCGCGGCCAUGCUCCAGUGGCGGAACGAGAUCCUCCGCUUCACUGAGCCAGGCAGCUUGGAGGUAAGGCUAUAUUAUGGCCUCGAGAAGAAGAGUGCGCUAGAGGACCUGAUGGACGACACGAUUUACCUCCGGCGAACAGUUGUUCUGACCACCUACCAGACGCUGGAGAGCGACUACCGCCAGCAGGUGAACCGGACGAAGGUUCAGUGCCAGUGGUGUGGGCGACUCUUUCAGAAAGAGAAGCUCGAAUACCACCAGAAGUAUUUCUGUGGUCCAGAUGCCCAGAAAACGGAGAAGCAGAUGAAGUCGCAGCGGAAGGCUGACUUCAAGGACGAGGCCGUCAAAAAAAUGAAGAUCGGCGGGACCGAGACGAACAUCGUCCUGAAUCCGCUCAAUGCGAUCCGUAGCGUGAGCACAGCGGCCCUGCGUGCCCGCCUCACAACUCUUCCUCCCCACAAAAAAGCAUGUCGCAGCUCCAUGUGA